GUCAAGACCAUUCACGGACUCCAUGGGUAAGAAUUUUAUUUGGAGAUUUCCAAAAGAAAUAUUCGGACUACUCAAAGCCUAUGCAAUCAGAAAUGACAAAAUAUGAGGAACCAACACAGGGACCGCAGAAGGGAAGCCACUCAGCACGAUGCCAAUAUUUCUUGGGCAUUUGUUGCUUAUUGAGCGUUGGUAAGAAGGCAGUGGGGCCGACUGGGGUGAACAGCGGGGAGGACUCCGGGGCUGCAUGAAGAGGAACUCUGAGCUCCCAGACCGCCGGUUGCAUCCCAGACCGCCGGUUGCAUCCGAUGUCUGCAGCCUUCGCCUCUUGCAGCCGCGGUCCGUCCUCGCUUUACUAAAGGCGUGCACUCCGGCAUCGCCCAUGCGCAAACCUAGGCAUUCGCUUCAGGCAGCGCACGCUGUUUGAAAGAGCGUGGGCCGGGUGGGAAUUUUCUGGUUAUCCCACACUCUGAAAACCAUUGUUAGUUUUCCCACAGUUGUUUACAGUCACGGCGCGCAGAGCCAGACAUGGCUGCUUUCAUCUAGAGAGAGCGCAUUCUCUCGGCAUCGCGGUUUUCGCCUCCGUACAUGAGAAUGGAGUUAGAUCUUAUAGUUCUUUUUCCAAUCCGAUUUGCAAUGGUGGGGAAAGGAGAGAGUGGCCGGGAAUGAUGGAGAAAAGGCAGGGGAGCGGGGACCCUCUUCCCGCUUUGCUGGCGGUCGCCGGGGCGAGUACCGCCGGCGGCGGGUCACGGUGAGCACGCAGCCUGUGUACCCCACCACUCACUCUGUGAAACGCCUUUCACCAGGAUGACCAGGCGACUCGACAGUUCAUUACCGGCAGUUUCCAGAAUGCUUGCCUCGGCGGUACCGGCAGCGGCUACCGCAACCACUGAGAUGACUGCACCACCUGGAAUCCUAGAGCGGACCGGAAGUGAGCGCAGCUCGCGGGGCCCUGCCGGAGCGUGCCGACCCCCGAGGCGGGAGUGACCGGGGAGCCGCUGCCGUCCCCGGAACGCUGCCCCGGGUCUGGCGGGUCUGAGGACCUUCGAGGCCAAAGCUGCGGCUGGGAGACUUGUGGGCGCGCGGCGGCAUCGGGCCUGCUUCUUUCGGGCAGCUCGUGGGGCCGGAGGGGUCCUGCUCCCUCUCGGUCCGGGCCCAGGCUGCUGCGAGCUCCUGUUUCGGGGCGACUCUCUCGGUUUCCCUUGCCUGGCGUCGUAUACCCAGGUUUUAUUUAAGACCAAAAUGACCUUGAUAACCUACGUGUUCUGUCUCGCAAGUAUUUGCCGCUCAAUUUGACCCCUCUACCCCAGUGAGUCCUUGUGUCUCCCCAUGAUUUCCGGUCCUAUCAGGAUGGCUUCACUUUGAAUGGAAUUACUUGAGUAUCCGCCCUGUGUCGCAAACACGUCUUUUUUAAAACUGCCUGUGAUCGUUCUGUGUUAAAAUUGUUUUAUUGUAUCGGAAACUUUCCGAUUAAAGACGGGAAAAGGAGCUCAAAUAAAAUCACCCUAGACCCCAACUGGAGAAAGCCUUGCCCUGAGCUAAGUGCGGGAUGGAGACAGCCUCUGGGGGCCCCCCAGCCUUGGCUGGCCAAGAUUCAGCCAAUCUAGGGGAGAUGAUCAAAGAGCAGGUUAAAGAAGAAGACCCUGUUUGGGAUAAGGAGUCUUGCCUGCGGAGGAAUAUAUCUCAUACUAGGGAACUCUCUCAUCAGCGCUUCAGGCAGGAGACCCCUGGUCCCAGGGAGGCACUGAGUCACUUGCGGGAGCUUUGCCGGCAGUGGCUGAACCCCGCGAAGAAUACUAAGGAACAGAUCCUGGAGCUGCUGGUGCUGGAGCAGUUCCUCACCAUCCUGCCCGAGGAGCUCCAAGCAUGGGUGCGGGAGCACCACCCCGAGAGUGGGACUGUGCUGGAAGAUCUGGAGAGGGAGCGUGACGAACCCAGGCAGCAGGUGAGGCACUGCAGGUGCUGCCCUGUGUGGAGAAUUCGGGUGCUGAGUCCAGAACGGAGUAAGUGGCUUAACUUCACUGAUGGCUGCAAACUCUGGUUUUGGGCACUAUUUGAUCACUGGUGUAGAGCCACUGCCUACGUGUCCACAUCCAUCCACAGGCGGCUGCACCUCGCCAUGCCCACCAGAGACUCAGAUGAAUUUACAGACAAAAGUGGCCCAGAACCAAAUCGUUACAUAACAGGAGUUUGGAUUGACAGAGUUGAGAAUGAGGAUAUUGCGGAGCUGCUGCAGUCUUAUGCAGAGGCUAUUUCUAUACAAGAGCUACAUCAGUUAGCUGCUGAGGCCCAAAUAAAGAUGUGGUUGAAGAAGAUGACACAGUUCAACAAGUUUUACAUUACUCAGUUACCUUCUGCUUUAAUUAUAUUAAAGGUUCCUACAGACAAAAUGACUCCUCUGGAUUCUGCGAAGGAGUCCUUAGGUGCCCAGCUCCAGUCUGUGGAAGACAGAAUGGAAUGUGACUCUCCAGAACCACAACCACUUCAAGAAAAGGGGUCAUUUUUGCGGCUUUCCAUGAUGUCUCAAAGCAUGGGUGUCAACAACCUCAGUAGCUUAGAUAAUAAGGAAGUAGAAAUUGAACCAGAAAACAUGUGAGAAAAGUUCUUCAGAAGCUUAGCAGUGUUGCUGGAAAACAAAAGUAACAAUACUAAGAUAUUUUCUAAAGCAAAGUACUGUCAAUUGAUAAGGGAAGUGAAAGGAGCUAAAGCUAAGGCAAAAAAGGAAUCAGUUGACUACUGUCGCUUGGCAAGAUUUGAUGUAAUCCUUGUACAAGGAAAUGAGAAGCUGAUUGAGGCUCUAAAUGGGGAAACAGAUAAAAUAUGGUAUUAUUUACACAGCGAGGACUUAUUUGACAUUCUGCAUGAUACACAUCUCAGCAUUGGACAUGGCAGAUGAACAUGCAUGGAAAAAGAAUUACAGGCAAAAUAUAAGAACAUCACAAAGGAAGUUAUAAUGUUAUAUCUGACACUUUGUAAACCAUGCCAGCAGAAGAGAGCUCUAACAUCAAAACCAAUUAAGGAAGUUAACUCAAAAAGCCAAGUAGAUCUUAUAGACAUGCAAUCGAAUCCUGAUGGGGAGUAUAAAUUUAUUAUGCAUUAUCAAGACUUUUGUACAAAAUUAAGCUUUUUGCGCUCAUUAAAAUCCAAGAGACCUAAGGAAGUUGCAUUUGCUCUUUUAGAUAUUUUCACAAUUAUUGGAGCACCUAGUGUCCUAAAAUCUGAUAAUGGGAGGGAAUUUUCAAGCCAAAUUGUCAGUGAACUCAGUAGUAUUUGGCCGGAAUUGAAAAUUGUCCAUGGAAAGCCUCAGACCUGCCAAAGCCAGAGUUUUACAGAACAAGCUAAUGGCAAUAUCCAAAAGCAGAUUUUCUCCUGGAUGCAAACCAACAACUCAUCACACUGGGCUACGUUUUUGUGGUUCAUUCAGAUGACUCUAAAUCAAUCCUAUCACAGAGGCAUGCAACAGAGUCCAAGUAAAGGUACAUUGAGCUCUGAAAUGAAACUGAUCUCUCAUUCUCAGUUAACUGAGGGACAUGUUGCCAGCCUACACACAGAAAAUGAAUUAGAUCAGGCAGGUAAAGAUUUAGAAAAUAAUCUAAGAGCCCGAUAUGAAGAAGCCUUUGAGACUGGGACAGACAGUAGUGAUACUGAAGAAAAUCUUUCUAUUACUCCUAAAAUGGAUGAGAAAAACAUUCACAAAAGAAGAUUAAGAUUUUUAUCCUGUGUAGUUUGUGAUAAAGAAUGCCCAGGUGCUAAUAGUUGUGUAUCAUGUCGUGGAUAUGUCCAUGCAACCUGUGGAGUGCCUUCUCAUCACGAGACUGAGGGCUGUGCUCACCAAAUAACGUGCAGUCUUUGCUAUGAGAUGAGUACAAUGAAAAGGAAGCAUGAUGAGAGCCAGAGAAGUUGGCCUGUUCAGCCUUCCAAAAUGCUAAAACCAGCAGUGACACCAUUUUCACAAGUAGGAGAUUGGAUGGUAAAACAAGCUUCCCUGGAUUUUUUUUUUGUCAAGACAAGACAUACCUUUUCUGAAUACAGCAGUAAUAAUAAAAGAAAUGCUAAUAAUAGAAGUCAUCCCAGAGAAGUGAAAGCCAAAAGAGUUCAUACUAGCUUCACUCGGAAAUAUGAUCCUUCAUAUAUCGAGUUUGGUUUUGUAGCUGUAAUUAAUGGUGACGUGCUAAAACCACAGUAUAUUAUUUGUGGAGAUGUACUGGCUAAUGAGGCAAUGAAACCAUCAAAACUUAAGCGGCAUUUACAUUCAAAACAUAAAGAUUUAAGUUCACAAUCAAAAGAAUUAUUUGAAAGAAAGAGUAAUGAAUUAAAAAGACAACCAAAGCAAAUGUUCAGUGUUUCUCAUAUAAACAUUAGUGCUUUGUGAGCUUCAUUUAAAGUGGCACUUCCAGUUGCUAAAGCUAAAACGCCAUACACAAUUGCUGAGACAUUAGUAAAAGACUGUAGCAAAGAAGUUUGCUUGGAAAUGCUUGGUGAGUCUGCAGCAAAGAAGGUAGCUCAAGUACCACUUUCCAAUGACACCAUAUCUCGUAUUCAAGAACUGGCUAAUGAUAUGGAAGACCAACUCAUAGAACAAAUAAAGCUAGCGAAGUAUUUUUCAUUGCAACUAGAUGAAUGAAGAGAUACUGCUAACGUGAUAAUUCUUCUAGUCUAUGUGAGGUUUGAACACGAUGAUGAUAUAAAGGAAGAAUUCUUUUUCUCAGCCUCUUUGCCUGCAAAUACAACUAGCUCAGAACUGUAUGAAGUGGUGCAGAAUUACGUUAAAUGUGGUUUAGAAUUUAAGUUGUGUGUAGGAGUGUGUUCUGGUGCAGCUUCAAUGACAGGAAAACAUUCUGAAGUUGUUACACAGAUUAAGGAACUUGCCCCAGAAUGUAAAACCACACACUGCUUCAUUCAUUGAGAAAACCUUGCUAUGAAACAAAUAUCAGCUGAACUAAAUAGUGUGCUUACUGACAUAGUAAAAAUUGUGAAUUAUAUAAAAUCUAAUGCAUUAAAUUCAAGAUUAUUCUCUUUAUUAUGUGAUAAUAUGGAAUCUGAUCAGCAACUGUUACUGCAUGCUGACACAUGGUUAUCACAAGGGAAAAUUCUGUCAAGAAUGUUUGAAAUACGAAAUGAACUUUUAGUGUUUCUGCAAGGCAAGAAACCUGUUUGGUCUCAACUUUUUAAAGAUGUGAACUGGACAGCCAGACUUGCUUAUUUGUCUGAUACCUUCAGUAUUUUUAAUGAUCUUAAUGAUUCUAUGCAAGGGAAGAAUGCAACAUGCUUUUCAACAACAGAUAAGAUUGAAGGACAAAAACAGAAGUUAGAAACUUGGAAAAGCAGAGUUUCUACAGAUUGUUAUGACAUGUUUCAUAAUUUAACAACAAUUCUCAAUGAAAUAGGCAAUAAUCUUGAUAUUGCACACCUGCAAAAUAUUAUCAAUGAACACCUUACAAAUUUGUUACAAUGUUUUGAAUUUUAUUUUCCAUCAAAUGAAGAUCCACAUAUAGGAAAUUCAUGGAUCCAAAAUCCAUUUCUUUCACCAAAAGAUAAUUUAAGUCUAACUGUAACUCUACAGGAUAAGUUGUUGAAGCUGGCUACUGAUGAAGGAUUGAAAAUAAAUUUUGAAAAUACAGCAUCACUUGCUUCAUUUUGGAUAAAAGUUAAAAAUGAAUAUCCUGAACUUGCUGAAACUGCUAUAAAAUCUCUUCUUCUGUUCCCCUCAACAUACCUCUGUGAGACUGGGUUCUCUACUUUAAGUGUUAUUAAAACAAAGUGUAGAAACAGUUUAAAUAUACAUUACCCCUUGAGAGUAGCAUUAUCAUCAAUCCAACCUAGAUUAGACAAAUUAACAAGCAAGAAGCAAGCUCAUUUAUCACAUUAAAAAUGUUAAAUUCUGAUAUAUGAGGUGCUUGUUCAAAGUAUGUAUACAGGCAUUUAGUGUGAGGAAUUUUCAAUUUCACUUCUGUUUUAAAAGUUACAAUUAUGAAGUAGAAAAAGUUAUGAGUAAACCUGCAGUUUUCUAUUUAACUUGCUUGUACAUACAUUUUCAAUGAGCAUGUGUACAGUUUUUAUAAUUCUUUUAUUUCUCCCUGUUAUAUUUGUUAAAAUAUAAUUUUAAGUCUGUUGAUUCAAAUAUUAAAAAGUUGUUCCUGAA